AUGCGUUUCAAUAUCCUCAGCCUCCUCCUGGCCGGAGUCACUGCCACCUCCGCCGCCACCACCACCUCCGCAGCAAGCUCAGCCGCAACCUGCGCGCCCUCAGCUUCCGAUGCAAAGCUCCUCCAAUUCGCCCUGGGUGUCUCCGACUUCAUUGGUAGCUUCUACAACUCCACCGUGAACAGCACUUUCGGCAGCACCAACAACGCCACCCUCCAAGCCUACCAGAGGAUCCUCUUCGGACUCGAGAGGGAUAACACUCUAUCCAGCGCUGCCAUCGAGAAAGUCGGUGCCAAAGCCCCUGGCUUCUCUAAGCCCUCGUGCGACUACACGUUCCCCGAGGUCUCCAGCACCCAGACUUGGGCACAGUGGGCCUACCGCUUCGAGGAUACCGCCACUGGUGCCUUCAUCGGUCUUGCCGGCUACACCGAGUCCCCUGAGGUUUCUUUCCUCUUGGCUCGUCUGGCUGCCGAGCACAGCGCCCACUCUGCCAUCAUUGGUAGCCGUGUGAACUCGACCUACUUUGCCCAGAACUCUACUUCUCUUGUGUCAGCUUACGGCCCCACCCAGAUCUUGUCCUCUCGCAACGAGACUGGUAGCCUCGGCCAGUAUCUUGGUGGAUGUCUCACUGCUCCCACUAGCCCUUGUGGCGUCCUGCGGAUUGGCCCCUUGGCUGCUACUCCCUCCUCUUCCGGUGUGGCGAGCAGCACCGGCUUGGCUACUUCUGCUGCCAAGAAGAACUAA